ACAUUGAAAUAGAAAUAGUAUUUAAAGGAAGAAUUAAUAUUCAAGGAAGAAAAUUAAAGAGAAUAACUCACAACUUACAAAUUCAUUAAGCUUCAAAGUAGCAAAACCAAGAUGGAAGAGUUUAGCUCCUCAUUUGGAAACUAAACAUGCUAAAAAUAUAAAAGAAAUACUUAACUAAACUGAGCUAAAGAGUAUAUGUGAAUUGGUCAUUUUAUUGUGAAGGAAAGGGGUGUAUUUAUAGGCUUUUGGGAGCUGCAGGGGCUGAUACCCGACCGGGUAUAUAGGAUACUCGACCGGGUAUCUUAGGAAAUUUCCCAGAAAGUCACUUUUCUGGGCAUACCCGACCGGGUAUGUCGGCAUACCUGAUCGGGUAUGUGACAAAUCUUAACGAAAUCUUGCUCCCACGAUCAUUUGUUCCCGGAUUUGAUUUGGACAAUCGAAUCAAGCAAAUACCCGAUCGGGUAUAGGAAAUACCCGACCGGGUACAUGAGUAUUUUUUCCAAAUCGAAAUCUUUUUUGCCUCGCACUUUCCUUGAUCUUUUAAGGUCCAAUCUUGAUCCCUUGGAUGAUCUUUGACCUGUUUAGCUCAGAAAAGUCCUAAUCUAAACAAAUUACAAAUAAAUAUGAAAAUAAAGUAUUACACCAAAAGUGUGUAAUUUCCUCAACUAGAACUAAUAAAAACUAGUUUAAAAUACAAACAUACAAUCGGAAAUUACAUGAAUAUCACACACCCUUGACCCCCGAUGACAUUUAAACUACAUUUUAAACAUCCGAAUACUAUCUAAUGGGACAAAUAACUUGAUAUACCGUUACAUUCAAAGUACCAAUGAUUAUUACGGUGUAAUUUCGUUGCUCAUCGGAUAUCAUCGUCUGUCACGUUCUAACAUAAUACCAGCAUAUAAUUUCAAAUACAAUUAUAACAAGGUUCACAAUCACAUGAUAUUCAUAUACUUCACAUAUGUAUAUAGCAUUCAAACCAUAAGUUAAAACAUGAUCACAUAUAAAAUUAAUCAGCAAAUAAGUACUCCCUCCGUCCCUUAAAACUUUGUCAUCUUUCCUUUCUGGGACGUCCCAAAAAACUUUGCCACUUUCACUUUUAAUCAAUUAUUUUGUGGUUUCUGUUAUUUCUCUCUCCUCUGCACAAAUCUCAACCAUACAGUUUUUACUUUAUUAUUCUCCGUGACGGUCAACUUUGGCAAAGUUUUAAGGGACGGAGGUAGUAUAUAAAAAGUACGAGCGUUACAGGAGGUCACAACUCCUAUGUGUUGGGCUAGUCCUCAGGUGCGCACAAGUAUAAAGUCUAUCACCAUUAGGAUUGGUUGAGUCACCGUAAUUUACAACUUUCCAUGUGCUCUGUCGGGACGUGGGGCGUGGAGCCCUUAGAGUUGGGGAUUCAACCUUUUGGAUAAACAAAAGGAAUAGAAGCAACAGUGACAAGUCUGGGUAUGUUCAUGUUUUGGCAAGUGGGUGAAAGAUGGGUCUAUGAUGAGUAAACGUUAAGCACACAGCCACAGCAAUCCAAUAGGUAUAUACGGACUCUCAGUGAUUGGUCUGGUGUGAUUUGAAACCACCUAACUCUUUCCUUUUCCUCUUGUCGUUCUCCAUUGUUUCAAUUAUUUCUCUAAAUAGUAAGUUCUAGGAAGUAGAGUACAUGCUUUAAUAAUUGAAUAAUUGAGAGAUUUCUGCCAAGUUUGGAAUUACUAGGCUUUAAAAUAUGACAUUUGUUUUUCAAACUUGGCAGAUUACUCAUAUUCAAGUAAUAAAAAACAUGAUACUCUUAUUUUGGAAUUUCAAAACAUUUUUGCUCCUAUUUAGGAUGUUUUUACUUGGACUGUAAAUUGUUGGUCUAGUCUGGUCUGAUCUGGUCUAUUUUAGUCUGGUCUGGUCUGGUCUGUUUUGGUUUGGUCUGGUCUAAAAUUUCAUUUUUUAUAUUUUUUUGCAUAAAGAUUUUAUUUUUUAUAUAUAUUAUAAUCCAUAAAUAAUUAUAUUUUAUUCAUUUAUAAUUAAAAAUAAUAAUAGUAAUAAUAGUAAUAAUAGUAAUAAUAAUAAUAAUAAUAAUAACAAUGAUGAUGAUGAUGAUGAUGAAGACGACGAUGACGGCGGCGGCGACGAUGAUGAUAGAUGAUGAUGAUGAUGAUGAUGAUGAUGAUGAUAAUAAUAAUAAUAAUAAAAUAUGAUCUGGUCUGGUCAGAAAUUUUAUUUUUUAUAUUUUUUGCAUAAAGAUUUUAUUUUUUAUAUAUAUUAUAAUCCAUAAAUAAUUAUAUUUUACUACCUCUAUCGCAUAAAACUUUGUCAAGUUUGACCGGCACGAGAAUUAAUAAAGUAAAAACUGUGUGGUUGAGGUUUGUGCAGAGGAGAGGGAAUUAACUGGAACCACAAAUUCUUUAUUUAAAAGGGUAAGUGGCAAAGUUAGUGGGACAUCCAAAAAAGGAAAUUUGGCAAAGUCUUAAGGGAUGGAGGGAGUAUUCAUUUAUAAUUAAAAAUAAUAGUAGUAAUAAGAGUUAAUUAUCAAAAUAGGACUAAAAGUCAUUCAAUUUUCACAAAUAGGACCAAAAAAUAAACUAUGUUUGCAUAUGACUAAUUAUGUGUACCUUGGACAAUUAUACCCUUAUAGCUAUUAAAAUGUUUUAAUUCCUAAUAAAAUAAUAAAAAAUAAUAAAAAAUCGUAAAAAAUACUAAAAAAUUAAGAAAAACAUUUCGAUAUUAAAAAUUUAAUUAAUUUUUUUUUUCAAAAAAUUAAAAAAAUUAAAAAAAUAAAUAAAAAAAAUAAAAACUCAAAAACAAAAAAUCGCCGCCGCCUCUGCCGCCUCAGCACUACCACCUCCAGUCACCAGGGGAAAAAAUGCCAAGUUCAUUACGAAUGCCAUAUUUAUGGCAGAAAAAAAUGAAAAUGUUGGCAUUCGAAAAGAGAAAUAUGCCACUUUUUUGGCAUUUUCAGAAAAAAAUGGCAUUUUUCUGGGAAAAUGACAUUUUUUUUCAUCGGCCGGAGGUGGUGGUGCUGGGAGGUAGUACAGGCGGUGGGAAAGACAUCCAUAUUUUUUAAAUUUUUUUUACGGAGUUUUACUAUUUUUUAUUAAUUUUUUUAAAAAUAAAAUUAUUUAAAAAAAAAUUUGAAUUUUUUAUUUUAUAAAAAUUUUAUAAAUUUUUUAAUUAUAUUUCUACGAAUUUUUGAAUUUUUUUCAAAUUUAUUAUGAAUUAAACAUUUAAUUAUGGCUUUUGACUAUUUUUAAUUCACAUUUAAUGGAAGGGUAAGAAUGGAAUGCAAAAAUAGGUAUGUUUCCAAUAGGACUCAUAUGGUCCUAUUUUGGAAUAAAAACAUAACAAGUCCUAUUUUUGGUUUUUGCCAUAGUUUUAGUCCUAUUUGAACUAAUUUCUAUAGUAAUAAUAGUAAUAAUACUAAUAAUACAAAUAAUACUAAUAAUAAUAACAAUAACAAUGAUAAUGAUGAUGAUGGUUAUGAUGAUGAUGACGAUGACGACGAUGAUAAUUAUAAAAAUAAAAUAUGGUCUGGUCUGAUCUGUUUAGUCUGGUCUGGUCUGGGAUGAAUUACGGUUAAAAACACCCGAGCAAUUUCUAUUAAUAAUUCAAUAUAAUAAUGUUCUCCACCACCCAACCAAACACUCUUACUCACCUCUCAGCCAGCUCCGCCACCUCCCACGGCGGAGGGUAUAACUGGAUCCUCCUUCCUGAUUUCCGGGACCACCAAUAUUCAUGCAAUACGUUGGUCAACCCUACCACCAACAAAGAAGUCAACAACAAAGACCAUAAUAGUUAUGGAAAUGAUAGUGCCGGCAAUACCAGCCAUCACUGUAUAAAAAAGAAAGCCUUGUUGCUUCCCGGCAGGCCGGAGCACACGGCGGCGAAGGAAAAGGACCACCGUACUAAAAUAAUGACUGCUCAAGGUCAAAGGGAUCGGAGAGUCAGGCUCUCAAUCUCCAUAGCUCAAAAGUUCUUCCAUCUUCAAGACACUUUGGGUUUUGACAAGCCCAGCAAAACCCUAAAUUGGUUAUUCGCCAAAUCGAAGCUCGCCAUUCAAGAGCUAACCCACGCCGCCGCUGACAGCUCGACGUCUUCCGCCGUGAAUGACGGAGUGUCCACGGGAAAGGCUAACAAAAGGGGAAAAGACUGGUCCUUUAAAGAUGUUACCGCUAAAGAAUCUAGGGCGAAAGCUAGGGCUAGGGCUAAGGCUAGGGCUAGGGCAAGAACUUUCAAGAAAAUGUGUAUGUGAGGCCAAUACGUUUCUACCACCACCACAAAUUUUCCCUAGUCAAAUAUCCUCUUGACAUUGAUGACGUGGUAGCUAAAGUGUGGGCAAUUUAUAUGAUCUACGUAUACAAAAAAAUGUGUAUUUUUGUAAUUGUUUGUAUCUUGGAUGGCUCUCUUUUCCCACCUAUGUACCACUGCUAUGUUUUUCAAGCCUUGCCGCACGGGUAGCUCAGUUGGUCGAGUGGUGGGAGACCGGGUGGAGGUCACGGAACCUGAAAUAAGACUGGGCCUCUGGUGCGCACGGGUGUAUGAGCCUAUUGCCAUUCUGCUGACUGGGUCACCGUGACUAACCUCCCCACCAUCCUGUCGAGUCAGGGUGGGGGGCUCAUGGGGUGGGAGAUUCCACCUUUUGGAUCAAUGUUUUCCAAGCCUUGUUCUAUUUCCUUCUUUUUUUUUUCCAUUCAUA